AUGGAAAAUCCUAUUUACCAAACAAUUAAUUUUUUUAAGAAUCGUGACGGUCAUUUUAUUAAAAGUCUUAAGAAUGUUAUUACAGUAUCUUUGACCCAAGUUGCUUUGGAUGCUGCUUCGCGAUUAAGUUUAAUUAAGUCCAUUAAUGAAAAUCUUCGAAAACAAUGCCGUUGCUUGGAGAAGAAAAUUCCUUCAUGA